AUGCAUAUGGCAAUACACACAGGAGAGAAGAAUUAUAAAUGUGAAAUGUGUGACACAGCAUUUGCAGAUAAAAGUGCUCUUAAAACUCAUAUGACAUUGCACACUGGAGAGAAGAAAUUUAAAUGUGAAAUAUGUAAAAAAGCAUUUGCUCGCAAUAGCCAUCUGAAAUCACAUAUGGCAGUACACACAGGAGAGAAAAAUUAUAAACGUGAAAUGUGUGACAAAGCAUUUGCAGAUAAAAGUACUCUUAAAACUCAUAUGACAGUGCACACAAGAGAGAAGAAAUUUAAAUGUGAAAUAUGUGACAAAGCAUUUGCUCAGAAAUAUAAUCUUAAAUCUCAUAUGGUAGUGCACACGGGAGAGAAGAAUUACAAAUGCCAAAUAUGUGACAAAACAUUUGCUCAUAAAGUUACUCUUAAAUCUCAUUUAGAAGUACAUUUAGGACAGAAGAAACAGAAGAAUUAUAAAUGUGGAAUAUGUGACAAAGUAUUUGCUCAUAAAGUUACUUUAAAAACUCAUAUAGAAGUACAUUUACAUGGGAAGAAAUAUAAAUGUGGAAUAUGUGACAAAGCAUUUGCAGUUAAAAGUACUCUUAAAACUCAUAUAGAAGUACAUUCAAGAGAGAAGAAUUAUGAAUGUGGAAUAUGUGACAAAGUAUUUGCUCGCAAUAGCCAUCUAAAAAGUCAUAUGGCAGUACACACGGGAGAGAAGAAUUAUGAAUUGCACACAGGAGAGAAGAAUUAUAAAUGCGAAAUUUGUGACAAAACAUUUGCUCAGAAAAGUACUCUUAAAACUCAUAUAGAAGUACACUUAACACAGAAGAAACAGAAUAAUUAUUAA